AUUUUCAGCCGUCUUUGGGCUGGGCCCUAAAACCUGCCUAUAUAUAAUAACAAUGAUCGACUUUUAGGGUUUCACUGAACUCAUAUCAAAAAGGAGCAAGGGAGAGUAGCAGCAAACCCUCAAACCCUCCUCCUUCAUUCAACCAUGGCCGUCGGGAAGAACAAGAGGAUUUCCAAGGGUAAGAAGGGUGGCAAGAAGAAGGCCUCUGAUCCUUUUGCCAAGAAGGAUUGGUAUGAUAUCAAGGCACCUUCAAUCUUCAGCGUUAGGAAUGUUGGCAAAACCCUAGUUACUCGUACUCAGGGUACCAAGAUUGCAUCUGAGGGUCUUAAGCACAGAGUGUUUGAGAUUUCAUUGGCUGAUCUUCAAAAUGAUGAGGAUCAAUUCUUCAGGAAGAUCCGUCUGAGGGCUGAGGAUGUCCAGGGCCGCAAUGUGCUUACUAACUUCUAUGGUAUGGACUUCACCACCGACAAGUUGAGGUCCCUUGUUCGUAAGUGGCAGACUUUGAUUGAGGCACAUGUUGAUGUCAAAACCACUGACAAUUUCACCCUUCGUAUGUUCUGCAUUGCAUUCACCAAGAGACGUCCCAACCAAGUAAAAAGGACCACAUAUGCUCAGUCUAGCCAGAUCCGCCAGAUCCGUCGCAAGAUGCGUGAGAUUAUGGUGAACCAGGCUAGUUCUUGUGAUCUUAAGGAUCUCGUUGCCAAGUUCAUCCCUGAGUCUAUUGGCAAGGAGAUUGAAAAGGCUACCAUGGGAAUUUACCCACUCCAAAACGUGUACAUCAGGAAGGUGAAAAUCCUCAAGUCCCCCAAGUUUGAUCUUGGAAAAUUGAUGGAGGUUCAUGGUGACUACUCCGAGGAUGUAGGUGUAAAGUUAGACAGGCCAGCUGAAGAAACCAUGGCAGAGGGUGAGACUACAGAAGUUGUUGGUGCCUAAACAAGUCCUUCACUAUGAUGGUUCAUGUCUCGAGUUAAAUAGACGCUGUUUAGCAAACUUUUUCUAAUGAAAUUUGAUUAGUCGCAGUUUUGCAGUGGUUUUUUUUGUUAAAAAGAGUUGUACCGUGAUUUUGUUCAAAAAAUUGAUUGGUUUGGUUGCCAAUGUUUUACUACACUUGGUAUCAUCUUAGUGGCUAAAUAUUACAUUUCUGCUUUAA